AUGAUCCCUUCCAAGCUCUCCCAUACCCGAAAGCUUGUCGUUCCCGAGCCAGACCGCGUCUUCACGUUUGAGACAGCGGUGUGGCAUCUCGGCAUAUAUCGAAAAGCAUCGUAUUCGUUGAUUUCCCAAACCCCGCCGCGCGAGGAUCCCAGUGAGGCCGGUGCAUGGGCAACGAUCCAGCGUCCGGCUGUGUUGGGAAAGUCUAUGGUAUCCAUUUUCGACGCAGUGAUUGAUAUCACCCAUUGGCAAACGUGGCUGACGGUGGGCGAGGUCGAAACUACCGGCAAAGCUGGUCCAGUUGGCCAAGUACAUCCCGUGACCCCGGGCGUACUUUUGAUGAACUUUGGCAUUGUGCAGAGCAAGGAGUACUUGUCCAUAUUCUCGUCGACUGUCUCUGUCUUGAUGAGUUGCGUCUGCCGCCCCUCGCUAGGAUUUCCGAGCUUACAAUGUGGCGACUUUCUCGCCGGUGGGCAUGAAAUCCAGGAUUGUCUCAGCGGUUGCCUACCUCUCGAGGGGGUAUUAGCUGCUAAGCUGCUGAAGUACGCCGGCAACGUGAGCUUAGGGUUGAACCUCCCUAUCAGGUCUCUUUUGACGGCGAUGAUGCAAUGUUUCCAUUCACAAUAUUUUGACUCCAUGGUAUCGGAUUGUCCAUGUAUCAUUGGCGUUUCCAAACGAUUAUAUCAUUUCCCGCCCGGCAGGUCCCAGGUCUCCGUUAUUCAACUAGCAGAUCCGCGCUGGUCUUUUUCUGGUCGUCGAUCAACCUUCUUCCCGCGUGCUUCCACAGCUCGACCAACUGCUACAGGAAAACGGGAUUUGUAUACUUUCGACCCAUCUCAUCGUGGAGACACUACAUCUCUAACCUAAUUUGUCAAUACUCAAUGCAGUGGUAAUGCGGACGUAUGUAUGGGUUUCGCGACCACGAUAGGGCCAGCGGUAUCCUAAACAAAGGGGCACACAUAGGCGAAUAAUUUUGACAGAGAAGUUCACUAUUCAAGGCGGCUAGGUUCUCAUGGUAUAUCGAUAUUUAUCUACCCAGCCUG